AUGAUAUAUCCGUAUUCUGUGCACCUUAGUGCUGUUGCAUCGCCUGAUUGGUAUACAACCUUCCUUCGCCAAGGUAAGAUACCUGAUGAUGAGGACUCUGCCUUACGGCCACCUUUAUCCAAGCUAUGCCGAGACCUCGAUGCUCGCUCAGCCCGCAGGGCUCAGGAGCCUGUCCGACAAAGCCUAGGCCAGCCCACUACUGCGUACAACAGACAGAUCACAGAGGCACAUUCUUUUACCGAUGCGCAUUUCAAGGAGCUAAUACCAAGCUUGCCAUGGAUGGAAAUCCAUGGCGUUCGCCCUGCUCGUCUGGAGGUCCCAUACCGAAGGCAAAAGGGAAACCCCCUCGAUGCGCUCGAAUCGAUGGCGUAUCCGGUGCGAUAUAUCCUAGCUUGGGUUCGUGGACCGCACAAUUGGCAUCCACUCAGCGGUCACUCCAUGUCGACGGUCGACGCCAACGCCAACGCCAACGCCAACACCGGCAAACCCACGACCACCAUGGCACCAACAACACUACCUCACCCACACCCGCGCCCAGGAUCACUACACGCUAGCUGGCGAGAUCCGCUGUGGGCUAUUGCAACCACGGCUUAA